GUUAUUCUGUGUGUGCAUUGUCUUAGCAUUGUGGAUCACAAAAGGAAAAAUAAUACAUCCUGUGCAUUUACAUUUUGGACCCCAGAAUAGCAGCAGAGAGACCUGCACUAUGGAAUUCCCUGUUCUCUUCCUCAUCUCAUCUGUUUCAGCAGCAGUAGGCAUGGUGAAUGUAUUCAUUACAAAAUCAGUGAUAUCCCACUGCUACCAGGCUAUCACUCUGCACUGCAAUGUGUCUCUCAGUGUCCAGCAGAACAGUGAAUUCCAGGUUACUCAUUUUACCUGGAUUAAAGCACCAAAUGAAACCUUGUGCUCAGAGAGUGAGACAACAAACAAAAGCUUCUUCUACUGUCACUACACACCAAACAAACAGCUGGUGCUAACUAUUGCCCAGCCAAAACCAGAUGACAUCGGCCUCUAUAUCUGCAAAUUCCGAUCCUCUCAUGGAUAUGGAAAUGCUGGAACCAAUGUGACAUUAGUGUGUCCUCAGAUUUACCACAUACAUGAAGAUGAAAAAAACAAGGUGACCUGCAAAGUUGAGAGUUCAUACCAUGAUGGGCACAUUCACUGGUUUUAUGGAGCAAUCAAUCUAACAAGCCAAUCAACUGAGAACAUUUAUCCUGAAGAUGAUGGUUCAUAUAUAGUGGUCAGUUCCCUUAAGGACAGUUCACAUGGGAAAACAUAUAACUGUUCUUACUGGGUACCUCAUAUUGAUCAUUAUAUAACAAGCAAGAGCAUUAUGGAGCAUAACAACACACAGUCUUUCAGCAGCACUAAUAGAUGCAAAGUCACUGGACUGGUUUUCUGUCUGUGUCUUUUAUGGACUUUUAACAUCUGAUAUAAUGUUUACUGAAAAAUUAUACAAUUAUUUUUUCAGCCUGAGACUCAUUGGCCUAGCCAGUGUGAAGAACAUGUAAAAGUAAAUCUGAAGGUCAUUAAAGUGUGGAAAAAUGGGUGUGGGUGGGUGAAAACAAAUAAAAAUGAAAGAAAAGGGUUUGCUGUAUGGCUUCCUCCUGCCUGGGCCUGCUGUUUCAACAUAGCACCAAGAAUCUAUUAGAAAGUUGUCACACUCUUUACCCUUUUGUAGUGUGUGAAACUACUGGUACACAAUGUCUAGCAGGAACCUGCACAAUUUUAUUACAAUUUAAAUACAUUCAGAAAGAUUCAGUAUUUUCCCACAGCCAGGUGCAAAUCGGGGGAGGGAUACAACAAAAAAUAUCUUUGCAUAUGUGGCUCCUACCACAAUCCAUCAGUAUGGCAAAAAUAAUCCCUGCUCAGAGGGCCCAAAUAAUGUUUGCAGAGAGAAGGAAGUGUGGAAGGACUGUCUUCCACUUUGGAUGUAGAUGAAUUUUCAGAAUAUGAGGAUCAUGUCUGUCAAUUAUGAGUAUAACAACAAGUUGAAGAGGAUGAGAUUGACCCUCAGCCAGCCUCAUACUAUAAGUAUUUAAUAUUACGUGUUUUUUUGUCUAAAUUGUUAUUCAUGUAUUGUUUUAAAGAUGCAAUUAAUGUUGUGGGUCCAUUAGACCAGAGGGCAUUAGGUGAAUAGUAAAAAUAUGACUACCACACAAAGGUUAUGACAUUAGUGCAUUUUCUACAGAAAAGGUAAAACAAAUCAAAGAACAAAGCUUAUCAGUCCAUCCAUCAACUCCAGCCACUUUGCAAAGCCUGCAUUUGUAACAACGAGGAUACUGAGGUCUGAUCCAUGUGCAAAAGUUUAUUAAAGUCAGAAGAGUCAUGCAAAUCCAUAAAUCAAUAAACAGAAUACAGGUAACAAGCCAGAGAAGCAAUCCAAUCAGGCAAACAAUCCAAAUCACAAAUACUGAAUACAAGAAUCACUGAAACAGUCCAAAAUCCAGAACCAGAUAUAGGAAUGCUCAGAAUUGAUGUACAGGCCAACAAUACUUCACACAGAGUGUGAAGCAAGUUAAGGUAUAUAUAAGCACAUGGUAAUGAAGCACAGGUGAAAACAAUGAGUUCAUGAUUUUCAAAAUUCAGGAGAUGAGGAUCUCCUGUGGCGAGGAGGGGAAACAGCAGGGUGAAUUGUUACAGCAUUACAAUAUGACAGGUUCACAACACAAUUCAUGGCUGAAAUGUGCCACUGAAACUUUUAAGGUCAUACUGAAUUGAUCAGGGAUCUUGUUUGAAAUAAACUUCAGCCACUUGUUUCUAAUGCUGGGAUCAUUUGGAAGGAUAUGCUGAGCAGCAGGUGCUAAACACAGAUAGGAACAGCACAAAGUUUG